AUGAAUGCAAUUCAAGGAAGAGAUAUUCCUGAAGGAAUUAUCUAUAAUAUGAUUCGAAAGAACUCCAUAUCUAAAACUCCGCCCAAUCUAUCUAAGACUUUUAAAGCAGCUUCAAUCCCCUCAUAUCUCCUGGAAGAUCUUCCAAACUACCAAAAAAGACGAAAUUCCAAAUCUCCACACAGCUCUAAUAAAGCCCUAAUAAAAAACAUAGCAGACCUCGAGUUAAGAUUAUUUUUAAAAGAAAGUUUAUGUUCAAAUAGCCAAAGCAGAAAAGGUGAAUUAACAGAUGACGAAAAAAAAUUCCAAUCAAAGAUCAAGAAAUAUAGGGAAUUAUUCGCAGAUGACAAAAUAAAAUUGAAAAAGGAUAAAGUUGUAUAUGAUAGCCCAAGAUUAGGGAUUAAUAAAAGUUCUCUUCCCAAGCUAAAGCAACUAUCAGAAUUUGCAUCGGUGGGGAAGCUGAAAGGAGACCUUAAUCAGCAAUUCCAGGAUAUACAAUAUAUUGAUCAUUAUUUUUAUAAAAAGGCCAAAGAGUUGACAUAUGAAAAAGUUGAUAGUUCUCCCUUGAGAAACAGAAAGAAGUCAGUUGUAGGAAUUUUAGGAAGAAACAAAACUCCAACUAAUGUUAUUUUAAAUAAAAAUUUAGGCUUCAUAUAA